AGAUGGGGGAACCCCGGGCAGGGGCCCCCCUGGACGAUGGCAGCGGCUGGACGGGUAGUGAAGAAGGAAGCGAGGAGGGCACUGGGGGCAGUGAGGGUGCCGGAGGUGAUGGAGGCUCGGACGCCGAGGGCGUGUGGAGCCCCGACAUCGAGCAGAGCUUCCAGGAGGCCUUGGCCAUCUACCCGCCCUGUGGCCGCCGCAAGAUCAUCCUGUCGGAUGAGGGCAAGAUGUAUGGCCGGAAUGAACUGAUCGCUCGCUACAUCAAGCUGAGAACCGGGAAGACACGAACUCGCAAACAGGUCUCCAGUCACAUCCAGGUCUUGGCCCGAAGGAAAUCAAGGGAAAUUCAGUCCAAACUCAAGGACCAGGUUUCCAAAGACAAAGCUUUUCAGACAAUGGCCACCAUGUCGUCGGCCCAGCUCAUCUCAGCACCUUCCUUGCAGGCCAAAUUGGGUCCUGCGGGCCCUCAAGCCUCUGAGAUCUUCCAGUUUUGGUCCGGCGGCUCUGGGCCUCCGUGGAAUGUUCCUGAUGUGAAGCCAUUCUCACAGACUACAUUCUCCUUGUCACUGACUCCCCCAUCUACUGACCUCCCAGGGUACGAGCCCCCCCAAGCCCUCUCUCCUCCUGCCUUGCCGCCUCCUGCCCCAUCACCCCCAGCCUGGCAGGCUCGGGCUCUGGGCACUGCACGGCUGCAGCUGGUGGAAUUCUCUGCUUUCGUAGAACCGCCGGAUGCAGUUGACUCUUACCAAAGGCACCUCUUUGUACACAUCAGCCAGCACUGCCCCAGCCCUGGAGCACCCCCACUUGAGAGCGUGGACGUCCGGCAGAUCUAUGACAAGUUCCCGGAGAAAAAGGGGGGCCUGCGAGAGCUCUAUGACCGUGGGCCCCCCCACGCUUUCUUCCUGGUCAAGUUCUGGGCUGACCUGAACUGGGGCCCAAGUGGUGAGGAGGUGGGAGCCAGUGGGGGCAGCGGCGGCGGCAGCGGCAGCUUCUACGGUGUGAGCAGCCAGUACGAGAGCUUGGAGCACAUGACCCUCACCUGCUCCUCCAAGGUCUGCUCCUUCGGCAAGCAGGUGGUGGAGAAGGUGGAGACGGAGCGUGCGCAGCUGGAGGCCGGCCGCUUCGUGUACCGGCUGCAGCGCUCGCCCAUGUGCGAGUACCUGGUCAACUUUCUGCAUAAACUUCGCCAGCUCCCCGAGCGCUACAUGAUGAACAGCGUGCUGGAGAACUUCACCAUCCUGCAGGUGGUGACCAACAGGGACACCCAGGAACUGCUGCUGUGUACCGCCUACGUCUUUGAGGUGUCCACCAGCGAGCGUGGGGCCCAGCAUCACAUUUACCGCCUGGUCAGGGACUGAAUGAAGGGGGGGAUCCCCCACAACCGGCUCCCCGCACAUCCUCCUCCAGGAAGGCCCUACUGCUUUCUG